AUGAGUCAAACAUCUCUGAAACAGAAAAAGAAGAAUGAGACCGAGAUGAGGUACUCAAAAGAGAGUGUAGACACAGAAAAAAGAAGGGAAUCUGAGAAAUCAGGAGUUCGUCUGAGCACUCAGAUGAGGCGUGCAGGCAAUCCGAAUCACUCGCUGAGAUGUUGCCCCCUGCGGGGUCACUCGUCGUGUAGACGCUGCCUUUGUGCAGCUGAGGGAACAGUCCUUGGCCCCUGCCGCACAGUAUAUAUUUAUAUUCACAUGUGCCUGUUGUGGGAGCAGGGCCGGCAGAUCACCAUGAUCAGGGGAUCUCAAGAAUUAGCAGUGCCAAAGACAGACUCUCGAGGGUAUCUCUUGCAAAAUCAAUGGUCCAGAACAUCCCGGAGUCCAUCCACCAGGGCUCCAUCGGUAGACGAGCCCAGAAGCAGGAACACCAGCAUUAAGCUCCCCAACAGCUCCACGACCUCCCGGACGUCCACCACCUCCACCAGCCAGCACGACUCCUCGCCGCCACCGCCGCCGCCGCCAUCCGGACAGCCCUCCACGCGCACGCCGCCCACCGAGUGGGUGUCCUACGCCCAGCGCAGGGCGCUCUUCCCCUCCAUGCAGCUGGACCGCGACUGCCUGUCCGAGCAGCAGCAGCUGCAGCGGCAGCAGCGGGAGGAGGAAGAGGACGACGAAGCCUACUGGCAGGCCGUGAGGACGCUCUACGAGAAGACCCCCAGCAGCACGCGCCCCCGGCCGCCCAAACCCAAGCACGCCAUCACCAUCGCCGUCUCGUCCCGGGCGCUCUUCAACAUGGUGGACGGCAAGAGGAUCUACGAGGAAGAGGGGCUGGAAAAGUACAUGGAGUAUCAGCUCAACAACGAAAACGUCAUCCUGACCCCCGGGCCCGCGUUCCGCUUCGUCAAGGCACUGCAGCAUGUCAAUGCUAGACUCCGUGAUCUGUACCCUGAUGAACAGGACUUAUUUGAUAUUGUACUGAUGACUAAUAACCAUGCCCAAGUGGGAGUGCGGCUUAUAAACAGCGUCAAUCACUAUGGCUUACUAAUUGACCGCUUCUGUCUGACUGGUGGAAAAAGCCCCAUUGGUUAUUUGAAGGCAUAUCUUACCAACCUGUAUCUUUCUGCGGAUUCUGAAAAAGUACAAGAAGCAAUACAAGAAGGUAUCGCCUCUGCAACAAUGUUUGAUGGAGCCAAAGACAUGACUUUCUGUGACACGCAGCUCCGUGUGGCCUUUGAUGGGGAUGCUGUCCUCUUCUCUGAUGAGUCUGAACAUAUUGCAAAGGAGCACGGGCUGGACAAAUUCUGUCAACAUGAAACGCUGUUUGAGAAUAAGCCUCUUGCUCAGGGUCCCUUGAAAGGCUUUCUGGAAGAUUUAGGCAGACUGCAGAAGAAGUUUUAUGCCAAAGAUGAACGGUUACUUUGUCCUAUCAGGACCUACCUGGUUACAGCCAGGAGUGCAGCCAGUGCAGGCGCCCGUGUGCUGAAGACCCUUCGCCGCUGGGGUCUAGAGAUAGACGAAGCUCUUUUCCUUGCUGGAGCUCCCAAAGGUCCCAUCUUGAUGAAGAUUCGGCCCCACAUUUUCUUUGAUGACCACAUGUUUCACAUUGAAGGAGCACAAAGGAAGAGCCUAGGCUGGAUGUCUUGAUUAAUAAUGCAGGGAUCUUCCAGUGCCCUUACAUGAAGACCGAAGAUGGGUUUGAGAUGCAGUUUGGCGUGAACCAUCUGGGGCACUUCCUGCUCACCAGUCUUCUUCUUGGACUCCUCAAAAGUUCAGCUCCCAGCAGGAUUGUGGUAGUGUCUUCCAAACUUUAUAAAUAUGGAGACAUCAACUUUGAAGACUUGAACAGUGAACAAAGCUAUAAUAAAAGCUUUUGUUAUAGUCGGAGCAAACUGGCUAAUAUUCUCUUUACCAGAGAACUAGCCCACCGCUUAGAAGGCACAAACGUUACUGUCAACGUAUUACAUCCUGGCAUUGUGCGGACGAACCUUGGGAGGCACAUACACAUUCCACUAUUGGUCAAACCACUUUUCAACUUGGUAUCAUGGGCUUUUUUCAAAUCACCAGUAGAAGGUGCCCAGACUUCCAUUUAUUUAGCCUCUUCACCUGAGGUAGAAGGUGUGUCAGGAAAGUAUUAUGGAGAUUGUAAAGAGGAAGAACUAUUGCCCAAAGCUCUGGAUGAUUCUGUUGCAAGAAAACUCUGGGAUAUCAGUGAAGUGAUGGUUGGCAUUUUAAAAUAGGAACAAGGAGUAAAAGAGCUAUAAACAAAACUGGAUAUAAGUUAUAUCUGUAAUCAGGAAUAGUGUGGCUUGAGCUCUUGCUACUCACAAAAACAAUUUUGGUUUUACAAUAGCUCUGAUAAGAGGUACAUGUGGAUGGAUUUUUGAAGUUACUGAAAAGUUAUUUUUUGAAUAACAUAAAAUUUCAGCAAAGAUGUUUUAAAUAUAUGUAAUAAGUAUAAUGAAUAUGUAUAAUGAACAAUACAAUUAUAUUUUAAAAAUUAUCAUUGAACAAGCAUGGAUUACAAAUAUUAAAGAAUUUGGUGACUAGAAAUACUAUCUUGAGAGGUUUUUAAAAUAUUUUUCAGUUUUAUGGCCAAAGUGUGAAAUAUGUUUAUGACAGUGCUGGUUUUUGUGUGGAAAUAAUAUGCUUGGUGUGUGUACACGAAUCUUAGUUGGAAUAAAUUUACUGAUGGAAAUUC